GAUGUGCAUGCACUUAUCAUUUAUGUUUUUAGAACGCACUUCUCUGACGAGUUUCUUAUUUUUUUUGAAAAAAACUAUUUUAAAGUUUUUGUUGUAAAACAUUGUAAUUGUAAUAACGUGCCUUUCCCUAGGCGAUGUCUGGAGAGGACGAAGAGGAAUGCAGAAGCCAGGCUGACGAUGAACUUGCACAAAAGCUCAGAGAUGUGGGUCUUGACACAGUUUACUGGAAACAGAAACUGCGUGAGGUUCUGCUGAUUUCUAAUGCACAGGCCCUGCUUCACCUCGACCAGCAGGACAGCAGAGAACUGGACUCACAUUUCCGUAAAGAGUGGGAAAAGCGGGCAUUUUAUAAAAUGCUUGGCAUUGUUGCUGCUGAUGGUGUUGUCAGUGCUAAAAAGGCAGUGAGCUUGGCUCCACAUAUACAAAUUGAUAAUCUGUUGCCUUCUGUCGUGUCUGAGAGAAUUCACGAGCCUGCCCAAGAAAUAUGUCCAUCUGUUUCAACACAUUGUUUGUCAGAUACAGAGAUUUUACAAAACGCAUCAGGAGGUCUUGCACUAGAGGGGGUUUAUAUGAGUGGAAAGUUAGAGGAUGCAUUAGAAAAGAGAGGAAAACUCUUGACGAUCCCACAAACAUUCCGGCUCGUGGGUCUGGUCGGCAAGUCAGAGACAAAACAACACGAGUUUAUUUCUUUCAAUGAUGAAUCCAUGUUCAGGAAGACCAUGGAAGUCAUGGGCUUCAGUAGCACUGUCUCCGAGAAAGGAUGCGUCUCGUCCUUGAGUAGAAAACCAGCCUUAAUGCAAGUCAAAUCAAUGAAUCUUAAGGAAAUGCAAAAUACUCAGACUGAUCAUUCCUAUCUUUCCAGAACAGAGUUUACGUACCUGCCCCUAGCCUCAGGUAAUCUUCAUAUGGCACAACUCAGGCUGUCUGAAGCAGCCCUGAAGGAGCUACAAAUGAUUGAGAAUACGUUGGAAAAUACAAAGGAAGAUUUUAAAAGCAACGUGUUUUCCAGCAUGAGCUGCAAAUUCUUCCACAAUUUUGGCUCUCACGCAAACGAGGGUCCUCUCCAAUUUGGAGGAAUUUUUUGGAGGAAGGCAUCAGCUAAAGGUUUCAGUUUACAUCAGCAAGAUGAAAUAAAACUGCUCUUGUCUGAGUUAUUCGAACCAAACAUUGGUGCCGACUGCGGCAGUAGUACAACGACUGAUACAGGUACUGUAAUGACAACUGAGCCAGCUCCAAGUGAUUCUGGACAUUACAGCCCGGUGCUCACCGAUGUGAUACAGAUGACUGUAACCACAACAGGGGGUAAUCCUGAUGUACAUAAUCUCCCUCAGUGGGAAUCUGCUAUUGUUGUCAACAAUAGGACAUGGUUUCUCAUCGACCGAGGAAUCAGGUUUAUACCAGUAUGGGACAUCGUCCGGUCCAAUCAUAAAUGCGAUUUUAAAGAUGUCCUGAAGUUGGCCAGUGAUCUUCAAAAAGCUUACACCAUUUUAACAAAAAAAGAAGUACAUAAUUAUCCAGAGGAUGAAUUGGCUGACAUAAAUGUCAAAGCGCAAUCGAUAAUGGAAGAUGCGAAGCAGUGGAAAGAAUCUGACAAUGACACUCAUCUGGAAAUGCUGGCGGAUCUAAAACAGAAGUUGUAUGAAUGCACAAAAACUAACAGGAGCUGGAUUGACACGUGUCUCUCACACCCAGCCCUUCAGGAAUUCUUGACGCGGAUUGUAUCGGCAUACAAGCACUCUUCUUGUGACGAAACCGAUUGGAUAAAAAUAAAAAUGCGGUACCUAUUGGAACCCAACAUCUAUGCAGUGGAGAACUUCCCCAAGCGCUCCUCGAUAACGCAGUGGGUGUAUGGGUCUGAUACAGUCAGGGUUCUUGAUGCUGAGCUAAAUUCCCUUGGCAAGACAUUUACAGAAACAAAGAAACAAUUAAAAGAAGCAAUGGAUGCACCGACUUCUUUUGAAACUGCACUGAAUGAAGCAAAGGUGAAGGGAACCAAUGAAAUCACAUUUUCCCUCAAUUCCCUUUGCCGGUGCUUCCGAGAAAUGGAGCGGAUGGAGGAGGAGCUCCUGUUCAUUUCAUGUGCUGCUGCUUCAGGGUUCCGUACAAAGGAGAGAUCGUUCGAUCGCCUCCUCGACUAUGAAGACGUUAACUGCCUUCAGCACCAAGUGGACGUGGCACACAGCGAGUACUCAGCUCUCAAAUCUCAAAGUGCUCUCAAGGCUCAGGCGUACGUCCUCUUGAACGGUUUGACUACAGGAGUACAGUCUAAUUCACGGACCCCCCUGGAAAUAGAGGAACAUCUGACGUUCAUGAAAUCCUAUUUGGAUGCAAACAUCUGCACCGAAGUAUCAAACGUGGUGCUGGUCUAUGAUGGAGGCCCCAUUGACUGGAACCGACUCGAGGAAACUUUGAAAUCUCUUGUUGCUGGGACACUGACUAUCACAUUGGCUCCUUCGCAGACAUCGAAGGUUGAGAGUGAAACAGAGGGGAUGAAAACGUUUAUGAAUCUGUGUAAAAUACUGGGGCUUCAAGAAUACUACCCGAAAAAAAUGCACACAAAGCAUAUGUGUGUUGUUAAGUCAGAAAUACUUAAAGAAGCCCCAAUCACAGAAGAAGAACUUGUUCUUCAUUAUUUGCAGAAACUGAUGAUGUUUGACUCCGAAGCACGGUAUGUUAGUGUUCUGGGUGAAAAUGAAAACAAUGAAACCAUGCAGAAUGAAAACUCUAAUUAUGAAAAGUUUUUUAACCAUGAUGGUAUUGUGAGUAGUCAAGAUUGGUCUACGACAGAAACUCGAAGCCAUGUUCACCCAAUGGAUUUGCAAAUGGCAAUUUUUCAUUGUGGAGACAAUUUUGUGAGGCAGUACAUUUACACCAAACUCUCGUUUUGCCAGUUUGCACUGCCGCUUUUAGUUCCAAAUCCUUGUAGCUCAGAAAUAGAAUUCCCUCUAUGGGCAUUCCGACAGAUUAAAAAGAGCUGGAAAUCCCGUGCUGCAUCUACUGAGAUACAGCAAACCAACCUCUGUGCGAUUGUUAACGCUGACACUCCUCUAGUGUCAUUCAUUAGGUUUGGUGAAUCACCCGCAUCGAAAUCUCAGAUGCUGAACUCUCUGCUUGGAAAGCAAAAGAAUGAAGUUUUCUUUCAUAGACACUGCAGAGGCAGCAGCAAGAAUGGUCUCCUAAUGGAAGGAGUCACAGAGAUCGCCUGGUACUGUCCAGGUGGGAGGGAUGAUGACGUCUUUAAUGACUGCAUAGCGUUCACAAAUCUCCAUGGAGAUGCGAGAGAGCACAAAAAGCAGGUGCAGUUUCUCCUCGAGAUAUCCACUGUCAACGUGAUAUUAAUGUCAGAUUAUGAUAACAAUGAUGAAGCUAAAAGCAUUUUGGUAGAUUGUCUAAAUUCUCCAAAGCCUUUACUUUGCCUUUGGGCUGACAAAGAACGAAUCUUGGGUGGACAUUAUAAAACAAAGGUAAAAAUUGGUGUCAAGAAUAGAAAUGAGGCUGAACUAAUGGAUGAAUUGAAGUCAACCCUCAAAUAUAUGUUGGCCAAUUCAAAACAAACGGUUACAAUUAAUGAUUGCUCAGCCAUCGCUAGACAGUGCGGCUUCAGUGUUGAUGAAGAUGAUGAACAAUGUAAAAAAGGCAAGUCUAUGGCAGGCGUCUUAUUGAGUCUUCUGAAGGACAAGCCAUUGUCUUCCAUGAAGGAGACUUUUCUGCCUCUUCAAGGUAAAUUGUGGCACGAGUGGUGCAAGAAAGACAAAGAAUUCGCUCGCUUGAGAGUAGAGGGGGACCAAAGCGUUGAAGAGUACAGGGACAACAUUGCAAUUGAAAAACAAUCAAUACGGGAAGCCCAGCUUCACAAAGCAUCUCCUCUCAAUAAAUUAAUGAGAUCGUUCAUUGAGAAUAUGGGGCAUCAUGCAGACUCAGUAAAACAAUACUCACUGCAUUGGCUACAAAUCUAUUUAGAUAACCUGUCUGCAGGUAGCAUAUCACAACUUCAUCAGGAGUAUCACCAGGCUCCGAAAGGAAUACUUGAGUCCAGGAGAACAGUUAUUGGCAGUAGGUUACUGUCUAUACAACAAGCAGAGCUGGAACGAAUAUCAGAAAAACAUGAGGCAUCCUCUUUUGGAAUCCAUCACCUUUUCAGGGAAGUUGGGCAGAUCUAUGAAGCGUCACAGACACCGCGCACAGCUGACAAGCCCUCGGCUGCUUUGCCAGGCAUCGCAGCAGAUUUGAUGCUCUCUGGGAUCCCUCUUGAACUCAUGGACGGUGAUGCCUCACAUGUCCCCCUCACUUGGAUUUGCUCAGUUUUGGACGAAGUUAUUGAAAAAAUUGGGAACAAAAAACUAUUUGUCCUCUCCAUACUGGGCAUACAGAGCAGUGGCAAGUCCACGCUGCUGAAUGCAAUGUUCGGUCUCCAGUUCCCUGUGGGUGCUGGGAGAUGCACCCGAGGGGUCCACAUGCAGUUGUUGAAGGUGGACGAAGAGUUCAGCAAAGAGCUGGGAUAUGACUUUGUGUUGAUAGUCGACACAGAAGGGCUCUGUGCCCCAGAGCUAUCAAAUGCGACACCCACUCUUGACAAUGAACUGGCUACAUUUGUGAUCGGCCUUGCAAACAUGACCGUGAUCAAUACUUUUGGAGAUAAUCCCUCUGAGAUGCACAACAUUAUACAGAUCGCAGUGCAGGCAUUUCUGAAAAUGAAGCAGGUGAAAUUGUCACCAAGCUGUGUGUUUGUCCAUCAAAAUGUCGGGGAUGUGACUUUAAAAGAAAAUGUCAUGGAUGGAAGGAGACUCUUCCAGGAUAUGUUAGACGAGAUGACUCGCACGGCUGCAGAACAGGAGCAGUACAAAGCUGUUUCAUUUGACGAGGUGAUUGGGUUCGACGUGCACUCUCAGAUCCAUUUCUUUUCUCAUUUUUGGGAAGACGAUCCUCCAAUGGCUCCGUCAAAUCAAAGCUACUUCCAACAUGUUAAAAAACUUAAAGAUAGCAUCAUCAAGACAAAAAGUCACGUUUUAAAAAUAUCAGAAUUGAAAAAUCGUAUCCGAGAUUUGUGGAAUGCAUUGCUUUCAGAAGACUUUGUGUUUAGCUUCAAUAACUCCCACGAGAGUGCAGCUUACAGCAAACUUGAAGACAUGUAUGGGAAAUGUACUUGGAGCCUUAGGAGUCAUCUUAUUAAAGAAGAGAAUAAGAUGUAUAAUAUUAUUAAUAACAGGACAGACGUAUUGUCUAGUUUGACUAGGUCAAACAUUGAGCAAACCCUUUCUCCAAAAUACAACGAGAUCAGAAAAGACAUUGAAACAUAUUUUAAUCGACUACAUGCUGCUGAAUUGUUGAGUCAAUGGAAAACUAACUUCAUCGUGAAAUUUGAAACAAUUAAGGACGAGCUUGUGACUGAUAGUUACAAAAAAAUUACUGUUUUGAGGAAUCAAAAGAGUGUAUGGAACUGUCUGGAUGAAUAUAGAUCCAGCUUUGAGGAUCAGCUUUUAAAAAAGAGCAAGGAUUUGGCUUCGAAACUGAAAACCUCUGGAGUGAAAGAUGACCAAUUGGAAAAAAAGUUUGAGACAAUGUGGGAAGAAUGGAAAAAUGAAGUGAAAAAAAGCGUUACCCCACCUGGAAAAAUAGCUUUUAGAAUGCAAGCAGAAAAUACGCUUUAUGCACAUUUUAAAAGUGAAGACAAAUUAUCCACAAAAUUGAUAAAAAUGUCUGAAAAUAAAUAAUUUUUG